GUCACUGUAUCGUCAAUACGACGCGAUAUGUAUGCAUAAUCAACAUAAUAUAUUUUGUUCGUGGUUCAGUAGCCAGUCAUUUGUAUCUGUGUACCUUCAUACACAACACGUAUUCAUAAAAUUUUUAUCCGUACUUAAUGAUCCCUGUAAAAAUAAAUCAUGAAAGUCCUAAAAUUUUUACCUUCUCGACCUAUAUCUACAGGAAUUAUAUUCCGAAACAGACUAAAUGAACAAAUUGAUCAAUUAGAUAAACCUACUACAGCUAAAAGAACGACCGUAGAUCUUGCAACGGUAGAGCAUCACUCUAAAUUAAGCAAUAAAUGGUGGGACAUAAAUGGUGAAAUGCGUGCCUUGCAUGCGUUGAAUCCUCUCAGAGUACAGUUUGUACGAGACGGUUUAGCAAAUAUAGGCAUUCAGGCUGAAACUCCACAUCUGCCUCUAGAAGGGAUUAAAAUUUUAGAUGUUGGUUGCGGGGGAGGAUUGUUGGCAGAACCGCUAGUUAGAAUAGGAGCGGAAGUAACUGGAAUCGAUGCAUCCUCAGAGUUAAUAGCAACUGCAAAGCAACAUGCAACAUUAGAUACCAGUUUAGAUGGAAAGUUAAACUAUGUUCAAACAAACAUAGAAGACUUUUCUCUAGACAAUAAAGAAAAAUAUAAUACUGUGGUAGCUUCAGAAGUUUUGGAGCAUGUGAAUAACAAGGAAUUGUUUCUAAAAUGUUGCGUAGAAACUUUACAACCUGGUGGUUCAAUAUUCAUUACAACAUUGAAUAAAACGUUACCCUCUUGGUUUGGAGGUAUCAUCGCAGCUGAACAUGUUUUAAAAUUAUUACCAACUGGCACUCAUGACUGGAACAAAUUCAUUACUCCGGCUGAAAUUCAGAGUUUAUUAGAAACAUGUGAUUGUAAAACAAAAUUAAUUCAUGGAAUGUUUUAUAACCCUCUGAAAAACGAAUGGUUUUGGACAACAUCGACCGCAAUAAAUUAUGCAGUUCACGCGGUUAAAAGAAAAAAUCAAUAAUAAGGCAUGAAGUACAUUACCUGCAAAAUGUAGUCUUCGCCUUUUAGUGGGAAAGAGCGACCACCAAAUACGAACGCAAUUGUAGGCA